AUAAUACAACCACAUUUGCCUCCCCCCUCCCCCAGCCUAUUCUACACGGUCGUCCCUCAUUUGUGUAAUCGCUCUACUGCCGGAGAAAAAUAAGCCACGAUGUGGAGGAGUAAUACUACAUUCCGGCUAUUGAACGAGCUUCUCGUGUUACAUCAGCCAUCCGAAAAUCUGCUGCUUCUCAGUUCCGGGUUUAGUGUGCUAGUUUCCGUGGUAUUAGAGGCGCUUCUUUUAUACCUACUACCCAAUCAGUCGAGACUGGCGAAUAAAUGGACUAAGUGUAUACUAUUUACGAUUCUCUUUUUGAACGUCGUCCUCGCCUUCGUAGCCUCUCUCGCUGCUUCUAUGAAUGACAGUAUUACAAACAACGAUGGGAACUCGAGAAUAGCGCCCCGCUGGCUCGGCAUCCUGAUGUCCCUUUUCUCCAUUAUACUGGUCUUGUCGGCCUGGCUCGACGUUCGAGACCUGGAGAGACAGAAAUCGGAGAUCCCGGGAGAGAAACAGCGAAGGUAUGACGAGGAGGAAGGCAUAUCGCUUGUCCACCAGCAACGCUGGCCUUAAGUGGCGCAAAUCCCAGGCUUUCCGGUGUUCUCUUCGCCAGCGGUGUUGCAACUCCUAUCUCAACCUUACCCGUGGCAAUAACAACGGUCAUUCAA